UGUUCCAGUAGCUAAAGAUAGGAAAAUCGAAAUGACUGGUAUGUUAGUGAUUCAACUAGUCAAUUAAAACAUGAGUAUCAUGGUGGAGGAAGUUUUAUCUCGCCAAUUUGAUUUUCAUGGACAGCUGGACUAGAGAAUGAAAAUGAAAAAGGACAAAGGAAGAUUGUGAAAUCUUGCGGAUAAAUGCUCUAAAUUGUUCUUGAGAACUGAAUACAACCUUAUCUUUCCUACUUUUCAAUGCAUUCGUAGUAUGAAUGUUGUAAGAACCGUACUAUUGAGCUGUCUCCAUAAGUUGCCAUAGUAAUAGCAACCUACUUUUACUUCAUCAAAAAAAAAAUUGCGACCUGCUUUAUUCCCAUUUUCCAUUUAAAUUGACGGAUACAAGAAAUUACAUUCAUUUAUUCAAUCUUUUUUUUUUCUCAACAAAUACCCUUUGUCAAUUUCGUCACAUUCAACCAAAUAGGUUAUACAUGUUACCACGAUUUGUAUGAUGAUUGUUUGCUAUUCUUUUAUCAGAAAAUUCAAGAUUAAUAAAUGCUUUGUUUGUGAAAUAAGCAUAUGUCCUUGAAACUUUGUUCUUUUUGAGAAAAGAAAAAGAUAAAAACUCAAUAAAGGAAAGAAAUAUAAGGCUUCUUCAAUCUGACCACUUGAUUUAAAAAAAAAAGAGGGUUUUCUUCUGACCUUGGCUGGGUUCAAAAAUUUAUUUCUAAGUGGACUGUGUAAAACUAUAAUUCAUUUAACAGAAGUGUUUCUCAAUUUAACUAUCAUUAGAUUGUAGUCAGCGUGUUAAUGAUAUUACUUUCCUUAAAUUAUGGACAUCCUUGCUGUCAUGCUGUGACAAGGACUGGAAUGCCUUUGAUCAUUGUAUUUGAAGCCCCAAGAAUUGUCUUUAUUAAAUGAUAAUUUUAUUAUCAUCUUAAUUCUUAGUUUGUAAUGUUUGUUUAUCUUUUGGGAUGGCAAUUGUGGUGGGAAGGGAGGAGAAGGGGGAUGGAACCGGUUUCAAAAGUGAAAGACUUACCAUGCUAGCAUCUCCACUGUUAAUGCAGGACUUAUUUUGGAUUCAUUUCUGAUCUAGUCAAGUGGCUGCGUGGUUUUAGUCUUUGAGAGAGAGACAGAGAGAGCGAGAGAAAGAUGAAGACUAUCUACUUGAAAAUCUAAAGCAACCAUGCAUUAGUCCUUGUCCUUGACUUGGUUAAGAUUGCACUCAAGGAAGUGAGAUUUUCCUGAAGCAAUUACUUUUCCUGAAGUGUAAAAGCUCGUGUUGGCAUAUUAUCCUGAAGGCAUGGAUGGGGACUCCUUUUGGGUGGAAGAAUUCAAUGAUCAGUUACCCUUUUCUUUAAAAAGGAAGAGAAAUGUCAGAAUCAAGAAACUAGAGUUUGUUGGAUGGGGAUCCAAACCGUUGGUUGAAUUCCUUGAAUCAAUUGGUAAAGAUACAAGCAGAACAUAUUCUCAACAAGAGGUGACGGCUAUUGUCACUGAAUAUGUAAAUUCGAAUAAUCUUCUUAAUCCACAAAAGAAAAAGAGGGUUAUGUGUGAUGUGCGACUUCAUACCCUUUUCGGAAAGAAAUCUAUACCGCGGAUAAAAAUCUAUGACUUGUUGGAAGUGCACUUCAGUGAGAACCAUGAUGAAUCAGAGGAUGAAUCUCCUAACAAUUCGGAAGAGGAGGAUAUUUUGAUAGCAUCUAAGGGAAGAAAAAGUACAGUGAGUCCAAAGAAAAAGGCUCCUGUUGUUUCUAAAAGCUGUUUUGCGGCUGUUAUUGCUGAAAACAUUAAGCUUGUGUACUUGAAGAGGAGCUUAGUUCUGGAUCUUAUGAAGACCCCUGAAAGUUACGGAGAUAGAAUUGUGGGUUGCUUUGUGAGGGUAAAAUCUGACCCAAAUGACUACUUCCAGAAAAACUCCCACCAGCUUCAGCAAGUUGAAGGUGUAAGAAAUUUUUCAGCAACCAGCGAUGCUGCUUUUGAAAUUCACCUUCAACUUUCAAAUCUGAUGAAGGACAUUCCCAUAUCUUCCUUAUCUGAUGAUGAUUUUUCUGAGGAGGAAUGUGAGGAGUUGCGUGAAAGAAUAAAAGCUGGUUUGCUCCAGAAGCCUACUGUUUUGGAGCUUGAGUCAAAAGCCCAAGUUCUGCACAAGGAUAUCACCAAGCAUUGGAUUGAGAGAGAAAUUGCGUUGUUACAAAAGCGCAUUGAUCAUGCCAAUGAGAAGGGAUGGCGCAAACAACUGUUUGAGUUUCUGGAGAAGAAGCAGCUUUUACAGACAAAAAAGGAACAGGAUAGACUCUUUUCCAUGAUGCCAAAAGUUGUAGCUGAGGAAUUAGAGCCUGAAGUUAAAACGGUUGACGCCCUAGAAGAAAAUGCAGUGGAACAAGAAAGAGAAAAUAGUCGUUCACCAAAGUCAACUCCUAAUGGAGCUACAGACUAUUCUGGUGCAGGGGAUACCAUGAUCCUAUCCAACAAGGCUUUUGUAAGUGGAGAUGCACCCGUUGUUGAUGGAAAUGAUCAAUAUGCAGACAUGACUCAAGAACAAAUGGAUACUACGGUUCCUGUAAGAGCUGAAAGAAGUGAAGAAAUGCAGGCGGUGGCCUCUGGAGAAGACAAUGUCACUCAAGAAGUACAGGUCCAGGUUACUCAAACUGAGGUAAUUGAAUUGAGCGAUGAUGAGCCAGACGUUGAGGACCAAAAAGAUGGAAAACAGGCUACUUAUAUGAACCCUGAAGUCCCAAUUUGGCACUAUCUGGAUCCUCAGGGAAACAUACAGGGUCCUUUUCCUUUGACGUUGUUGAAACGUUGGAGUGAUGCUUACUACUUCGAGCCAAGCUUCCGAGUAUGGAUGAUUGGCCAAAGACUAGAAGAAGCUGUCUUGUUGAUUGAUGUGCUUCGCCAUUUUUUCCCCGUCAGAUGAAAGCACCACAUUCAGUGUUGUAAUGCACCAGCAGUAGGUUGGCAAGUUCUGAACUUGUGUAAGAAAGUUGUCAAAUCUUGGUUUCUGAUUAAAGAAAAAAGAGGUUCUUUUACUAAAUGUCUUUAUUCAAUGAUCAUUGAUCAUGGUACACUAAAAUAUAUCUUUCUCAUGAAAAUGGAUCAAUCCUUGCAGCCAUUGCUGCAUUUCAUGUUUCA